UUCCUAUGUUUUUCAUUCACCCGCCAUUCCAAACAAAAAUCAGCAUACCACACUGCAAUUACACAGUGCUAUACUGUACUCAUUUUUCUCUUCUAUUGCUUCGUUUAACCCCCCAAAACGGUGCCGUAUCAACCACCAUUCUAUCAAACAGUUUUUUAAUUUAAAAAAUAAAAUAAGAGAGAAAUUCUUCAAUGACGUUAAUUCUGUUAUGCUUAUUUCCUCUUUGCUUUCAACUUUUUUUCAAUUUCGCACUUUCUCUCUCCUCCGAUGGUCUCGCACUUCUGUCUCUUAAAUUCGCCGUCGACCAAUCCGAGGACGGCUUCUUCUCCGAUUGGAACGGUGGCGAUUCUAACCCGUGCGGUUGGUCGGGAAUUUCCUGCGGUAACAUCUCCGGUAUUCCAGAGCCACGAGUUGUCGGAAUUGCCCUCGCCGGAAAAUCUCUCCGCGGCUAUAUUCCAUCGGAGCUCGGCACGCUUCGCUACCUCCGUCGUCUUAAUCUUCAUGACAAUGAAUUCUACGGCGUUGUUCCAAUGCAGCUCUUCAAAGCCACUGCACUUCACAGCAUUUUUCUCCACCGUAACAACCUCUCCGGUCCGUUUCCACCCUCCGCAUGCACCGUUCCGCGCCUCCAAAAUCUCGAUAUUUCAGACAAUUUCUUCUCCGGCAACAUUCCUAACGAUAUCAAGAAAUGUAAGCAGCUUCAACGGCUUCUCCUAGCAAGGAACAAAUUCUCCGGAGAAAUUCCGUCUGGCGUGUGGUCGGAGCUCGAUAACCUAGUUCAACUCGACCUAUCCGCUAACGAUUUCAAAGGUUCAAUCCCGGAUGAUAUAGGCAACCUUGUUUCCCUCUCAGGCACAUUGAACCUAUCAUUCAACCACCUCUCCGAUCAAAUUCCAAACUCACUCGGGAAAUUGCCAGCCACCGUGAGCUUCGACCUCAGAAACAAUAACCUCAUCGGCGAGAUUCCCCAAACGGGAACAUUUUCAAACCAGGGCCCAACUGCAUUCCUCGGUAACAAAGACCUGUGUGGAUUUCCACUUCGAAAAUCAUGCACAGGUUCAAACCGAGACUCAGGUUCCAGUUCAUCUUCUCACAAAGACGAACAGAGUAACCGCUCUAAAGGGCUCAACCCUGGUUUGAUUAUUGUGAUCUCAGUAGCCGAUGCUGUUGGAGUCGCUCUUAUUGGACUUGUGAUUGUCUAUGUUUAUUGGAAAAAGAAAGACAAUGACAAUGUGGGUAGUUGCAAUAGGAAGAGAAGGUUUGGUGAUGAGGAUGAGGAUGAGGAUGAGAAAGGGAAUGGUUGUUCUUUGCUUCCUUGUAUUAGUGGUUUGAAUUUGAAGAAUGAGGAAGAUAAUGAAAAUGGUGAGGUGGAGAUAGAUAAGGGAGGGAAAGGGGAAGGUGAAUUGGUGACAAUUGAUAAAGGUUUGAAGAUUGAACUUGAUGAGCUAUUGAGAGCCUCAACAUAUGUGUUGGGGAAGAGUGAAUUGGGGAUUGUGUAUAAGGUGGUGCUUGGAAAUGGGGGGCCAGUGGUUGUGAGGAGAUUAGGAGAGGGUGGAGAAGAAAGGUAUAAGGAGUUUGUAGCUGAAGUACAAGCCAUUGGGAAGGUGAAGCAUCCUAAUAUUGUGAGAUUGAGAGCUUAUUAUUGGGCACAUGAUGAAAAGCUUCUUAUAAGUGAUUUCAUCUCCAAUGGCAAUUUGGCACAUGCACUUCGAGGUAGAAAUGGCCAACCAUCUUCAAACCUUUCAUGGUCAACAAGGUUAAGAAUUGCCAAAGGAAUAGCAAGGGGCUUAUCCUAUCUUCAUGAGUGCAGUCCUAGAAAAUAUGUACAUGGUGACAUAAAACCCUCAAAUAUCCUACUUGACAAUGACUUACAACCCUACAUUUCUGAUUUUGGUCUUAAUAGACUAAUCAGCAUCACAGGUAACAACCCUUCAACUGGUGGAUUCAUGGGUGGAGCUUUACCUUACAUGAAAUCAUCAUACAAAGAAAACAGAACCAAUAACAACAAUUACAAAGCGCCCGAGGCGCAUGUACCUGGUUGUAGACCAACACAGAAAUGGGAUGUUUAUUCAUUAGGAGUUGUUAUGCUUGAAUUGUUAACAGGGAAGUCACCAGAAUCAUCUCCCAUGUCGUUGUCGUUGUCGUCAUCGGUUUCUGUGGUGGAAGGUUAUGAGCUGGUAAGAUGGGUGAGAAAUGGGUUUGAUCAACAAAGUCCUUUAUCUGAAAUGGUUGAUCCAUCUUUGUUACAAGAAGUGAGAGCUAAGAAAGAGGUAUUGGCUGUGUUUCAUGUUGCACUUGCUUGUACUGAAGGUGACCCUGAAGUUAGGCCUAGAAUGAAAAUUGUCUUUGAAAAUCUUGAAAAGAUUGGAAGGUAAUAAUAAUCUCUUGAUACAGAAGAUAAUUAACACUCACAAGGCUGCAAAAUGCAAAUCUUGCUUCCAUCUUUGGGUUAAUUAGCCAUUUGACUAGGAGAUAUAAAGUUCUUUUGGUGGCUGAAGUGGAUGUGUUAAAAGAGCAUAUUGAUAAGUAGGUCAGAGAUUUUAUUCCCACCCUCAACACAAUUCUAACAAUACUGACAUCACGUUGACUUUUCAAACAAAAAUAAACCCCUUAACUUGUGUGUUUAUAAGUUAGGUAAAUUUUCGGAAAUUGUAAUUAUCUUGUUUGGUGAAGUAUCAGUAAAGUUGCUUGAUAUCAUUUGAAUUU